AAGCAAAAACUCCAUCAAUAUCACGCAAAAUAAACUGUUUUCGAAAUUCAGCUGGAAAUAAAAUAACAGGUACAUUUACAUUUUUGUGGAGCUGGCUGGGGCCACAUAAUUAAAACGAAACGAGAGCGCGCUACAAAUAUUUGCAUAAAACGCUGUCGGGCUAAUAAGUAAUGAACUAAGCCAACUUACAGAGCCCGCACCGUCGGUCCCCUUCGCUAACAAACCUGACAGUUAGCCAGCACCACACAGAUGCGAAUUACAAAAAUACAUUUACAGCAACAAUUACAGCAACAUUCGUGGAACAAACGCGACAGCUUAAAAAUACUUAAUAAAGUGCAGCACGUCUUUUGAGCGGCUCUGGAAAUUCUAUGAAAUUUAUGCAACACUGACAGCAAAGCCACAAACCAAAAGGAACACAUCAAGGAGCAGACAGACAAACCGAGCGAAAAAGAAAGUGAGAGAUAGAUAAAGAGCGUGCGAGAGCGAGUUAGCACUCAGCGGUGGCAGGUCCCAUUGCCAUAUAACGGGAUUUUUCGCCUGAUUUACAGUUACCAACGCACAUCACUCCUUUGCCAAGCUAGCACCUUUUACAACACUAACAGCAAAGAGCAACAGCAGCAAAAUGCGUGGCCGUCACUUGCGCCGACGUUUCAGCUUGCAGCCCUCGUUCAUGAAGGAUGACAGCGCCGAGGAUAAACCCAAGCGUGACAAAGUGGGCCGGAAUAAUGCAGUGGACGAUGCCAUUGGACCGGCAAAUGCACGUCAUAAAAUUGUGGUCAUGGGCGCGGCUAAAGUGGGAAAAACUUCGAUAAUCACACAAUUUCUAUAUAACACAUUUACCACCAAAUAUAAAAGGACCAUCGAGGAAAUGCAUCAGGGGAACUUUUCAAUUGCGGGCGUUAGCCUAACACUGGACAUACUCGAUACGGCCGGCUCCUAUGAGUUUCCAGCAAUGCGCGCCCUAUCCAUAUCAUCGGCAGACGCUUUCAUUCUGGUUUACGAUGUCACCGAUGCGUCCACUUUCGAGGAGGUGCGGGCUAUACGAGAUCAGAUACAUGAGACAAAGGCGACCACAGCGGUGCCAAUUGUGGUUGUUGGCAAUAAAGUAGAUCUGCUCGCCGAGGAUGGAGAACUCCGCGAGGUGGAAUAUGCCACAACCGAAUCGGUGGUAACUGUUGAUUGGGAAAAUGGCUUUGUGGAGGCAUCGGCGGCCAAUAACGACAACAUCACGCAGGUUUUCAAGGAGCUGCUCGCCCAGGCAAAAAUUACGUACAAUCUGAGCCCGGCGCUACGCCGCCGCCGCCAGUCGCUGCCCCAGCAAAUUGGCAACAAUGGGCCGGGCACACCGCUGCACCACCAUCACCAUCAUCAUCAGGGGGCGCACGGACAGGGGACGGCGCACGGUUCCGGCUCUGGUUCGGCCUCAACAUCGGCUGGUGCAGCAGGCGGGGCGCACGGCUCGCACACACCAACGCCGGCACAGCUGCAGCAUCUGCAGCGCAUCCAGGAGCGCAGCUUGGGCGCCAAACGCAAUUCAUGCACAAUUUCCUAAGCCAAUUGGCGUUGAAUAACAAACCUAAAUGAACCUAUAUGCAACUGAAACUGAACAAACGGUCUCCUACAAAUGGUUUUCAAUGUUUCACAAAUAAAAACUAUUUAUAUUUAUAUAUUUACGAUCUUAUAUAGCCUCGACUCAAUCGUA